CUUUUCAUGUUAUUUUAAAAUAAUUUGGCUGGCUUCAAAGCUCUCAGCCAAACUUUUUCCACCGCCUCUUCUUAUCAGCUGCUAUUAUUCGCUUCUUCUUUUUAGGGGUUUCUUCUCAAGAAUGAGCUGAUUGGUACUCACAGAAGAAGAAGAUUCAUUGUACCUCACUAGUGUACUCUUUUUCCUCAGGAAAUAUUCAGAACCAAAAUGGAUGCUAGUAGCAAUGGAGUGGCAGAAAGAAAGAGCACCAACGGAGGAAGAGAAGUUGUUAUCAAUGUUCCAGGUGAAGAAGCAUCAAGGGUUUCUUUUAAGAUGGAUUCACCAGAGACCAAGAGCUCCUCCCCUGAAAUCUCUAAGCUUAUUGGUGGUAGCCCAAACAAGCCUCCCAGACCUCCAAACCCAAGCAUUGAAGGCUUAACUCAGAGGAAAUCUUUUGCAAGGUCGGUUUACUCCAAACCAAAGUCCCGGUUUGUCGAACCAUCUCGCCCUGUAGACACAAGCACCCUAGAAGGGGACGUUAAGGAGCCACUUGGUGCUGUUAUUUCUAUUAGUAGAGGUUCUCCCAACAACAAAUCCACAAGGAGCGUCGGUUCAGCAACACCGAGUAAAGCUGCUGACGUGGAGAAAGAUGAAGACGAAGAAAUCUACAAGAAGGUGAAGCUGAGCAAAGAGAUGCGAAAAAGAGUAAGCGCACUAACAUUAGUAGAGCUAGCUUUCUUUAUAGCGGUGUUAAGCGCUCUGGUCGCUAGCUUAACCAUCGACGUCCUGAUAACUUACACCGUGUGGGGGCUAGAAGUGUGGAAAUGGUGCGUCCUCGUGAUGGUCACGUUCAGCGGGAUGCUGGUGACUAACUGGUUCAUGCAUCUGGUCGUCUUCCUCAUCGAAACAAACUUUCUUUUACGUAGAAAAGUUCUCUACUUCGUGCACGGCCUAAAGAAGAGCGUACAAGUCUUCAUAUGGCUCAGCUUGAUCCUCAUCGCUUGGGUGUUUCUCUUCAACCGCGACGUGGACCGUUCCCCAACAGCCACCAAGAUCCUCACCGCUAUCACACGUACUCUCAUCUCCCUCCUCACCGGAGCCUUCCUCUGGCUGGUGAAAACGCUCUUGCUGAAAAUCUUGGCGGCGAACUUCAACGUGGUUAACUUCUUCGACCGGAUCCAAGAAUCCGUUUUCCACCAGUACGUUCUGCAGACGCUCUCGGGGCCUCCGCUUAUGGAGGAGGCGGAGAAGGUGGGGCGGGAGCCGAGCACGGGGCAUUUGAGUUUCACGAGCGUUGGGAAGAAAGGGACGGUGAAAGGGAAGAAAGUGAUUGAUAUGGGGAAGGUUCAUAAGAUGAAGCGUGAGAAAGUCUCUGCGUGGACGAUGCGGGUUCUUGUGGAAGCGGUUAGGACGUCGGGUCUUUCUACGAUCUCUGAUACGUUGGAUGAAACGGCGUAUGGGGAUGCGAAAGAGCAGGCUGAGAGGGGAGAGAUUACUAGUGAAAUGGAGGCUUUGGCUGCUGCUUAUCAUGUGUUUAGAAAUGUUGCUCAGCCUUGCUUCAGUUACAUAGAGGAAGAAGAUUUGCUUAGGUUCAUGAUUAAAGAAGAGGUUGAUCUUGUGUUCCCUUUGUUUGACGGUGCUGCUGAGACCGGGAGAAUCACCAGAAAAGCAUUCACAGAAUGGGUGGUUAAGGUGUACACUAGCCGGAAAGCUUUGGCACAUUCCUUAAACGACACAAAAACAGCGGUUAAGCAGCUAAACAAACUCGUGACAGCGAUCUUGAUCGUUAUUACAAUCGUCAUUUGGCUGCUGCUACUCGAAGUAGCAACGACUAAGGUUUUGCUGUUCUUCUCCACUCAACUCGUGGCUCUGGCCUUUAUAAUCGGAAGCACUUGCAAGAAUCUAUUUGAGUCCAUUGUGUUUGUCUUCGUUAUGCAUCCUUUUGAUGUCGGUGAUCGUUGCGUUGUCGAGGGUGUCCCGAUGCUGGUUGAAGAAAUGAAUCUGUUGUCGACGGUGUUCUUGAAACUUGACAACGAGAAAGUGUAUUAUCCGAACAGUGUUUUGGCCACGAAACCGAUAAGCAACUACUUCAGAAGUCCAGAUAUGGGAGAAACUGUGGAGUUCUCUAUCGCAUUUUCGACACCAGUCUCUAAGAUUGCACAUCUCAAAGAAAGAAUCGCUGAGUACUUGGAGCAGAAUCCGCAGCAUUGGUCACCGAUACACACGGUGGUGGUUAAGGAGAUAGAGAACAUGAACAAGUUGAAGAUGGCUCUAUACAGCAACCACACCAUCACGUUUCAGGAAUACAGCGAGAGGAAUAUUAGAAGAACAGCGCAGUCUUUGGCGAUUAAGAAAAUGUUGGAGGAUCUUCACAUUGAUUACACUCUCCUUCCUCAACAAGUCCUUCUCACCAAGCUUGACAAAAACUGAAAAAACCGGUUUGGUUUUUUUUUUAGCUAUAACGUUGUUUAAGAGAUUAUUAUCAGAUGUUACGGUGCUGCUUUAUGUAGACUCGUAGAGUAGAUGAUGAAAACAAUAUUCCAAAACUCCUAAGCCGACCCAACUCAAUCCUCAUAA